ACAAGAAUGUGAUACAGCCUCGACGGCCGCCAUUUUCUUUCUUUCUUAGCAGUUGGCUGAGAGGUCUCUGCGAAGAAGCGGUGGUGGCCACUGUAGUGUAGGCAUGGCAGACUAUUCAACAGUGCCUCCACCGUCCUCUGGCUCAGCUGGUGGUGGAGGCGGUGGCGGCGGUGGUGGAGGAGUUAACGAUGCUUUCAAAGAUGCGCUGCAGAGAGCCCGGCAGAUUGCUGCAAAAAUUGGAGGUGAUGCUGGUACAUCACUGAAUUCAAAUGACUAUGGUUAUGGGGGACAAAAAAGGCCUUUGGAAGAUGGAGAUGGCUCUUGGACAAGUCCGAGCAGUACAACACACUGGGAGGGAAUGCCCUCUCCUUUUAAAGAUCAGCCAGACGCUAAGAAAGUUGCUCCUCAAAAUGACUCUUUCGGAACACAGUUACCACCGAUGCAUCAGCAGCAAAGCAGGUCCGUAAUGACAGAAGAAUACAAAGUUCCAGAUGGAAUGGUUGGAUUUAUAAUUGGCAGAGGAGGUGAACAGAUCUCACGCAUACAACAGGAAUCUGGAUGCAAAAUACAGAUAGCUCCUGACAGUGGUGGCCUUCCAGAAAGGUCUUGUAUGUUAACUGGAACACCUGAAUCUGUCCAGUCAGCAAAACGGUUACUGGACCAGAUUGUUGAAAAAGGAAGACCAGCCCCUGGCUUCCAUCAUGGUGAUGGACCAGGAAAUGCAGUUCAAGAAAUCAUGAUUCCAGCUAGCAAGGCAGGAUUAGUUAUUGGAAAGGGGGGAGAGACUAUUAAACAACUUCAGGAGCGGGCUGGAGUUAAAAUGGUUAUGAUCCAAGAUGGACCUCAGAACACUGGUGCUGACAAACCUCUUAGGAUUACAGGAGACCCAUACAAAGUUCAACAAGCCAAGGAAAUGGUGUUAGAGUUAAUUCGUGAUCAAGGUGGUUUCAGAGAAGUUCGAAAUGAGUAUGGGUCAAGAAUAGGAGGAAAUGAAGGGAUAGAUGUCCCCAUUCCAAGAUUUGCUGUUGGCAUUGUAAUAGGAAGAAAUGGAGAGAUGAUUAAAAAAAUACAAAAUGAUGCCGGUGUUCGAAUUCAGUUUAAGCCAGAUGACGGAACAACACCUGAUAGAAUAGCACAAAUAACAGGACCUCCAGACCGAUGUCAGCAUGCCGCAGAAAUUAUUACAGACCUUCUUCGAAGUGUUCAGGCUGGCAAUCCUGGUGGACCUGGACCUGGUGGUCGAGGAAGAGGUAGAGGUCAAGGCAACUGGAACAUGGGACCACCUGGUGGACUACAGGAAUUUAAUUUCAUUGUCCCAACUGGGAAAACUGGAUUAAUAAUAGGAAAAGGAGGUGAAACCAUAAAAAGCAUAAGCCAACAGUCGGGUGCAAGAAUAGAACUUCAGAGAAAUCCUCCACCUAAUGCAGAUCCUAAUAUGAAGUUAUUUACAAUCCGUGGCACUCCUCAGCAAAUAGACUAUGCUCGGCAACUCAUAGAAGAAAAGAUUGGUGGCCCAGUAAAUCCUUUAGGGCCACCUGUACCCCAUGGGCCCCAUGGUGUCCCAGGCCCACAUGGGCCUCCUGGGCCUCCUGGGCCUGGAACUCCAAUGGGACCAUAUAACCCUGCACCUUAUAAUCCGGGACCACCUGGCCCUGCUCCUCAUGGUCCUCCAGCCCCUUAUGCUCCCCAGGGGUGGGGAAAUGCAUAUCCACAUUGGCAGCAACAGGCCCCUCCUGAUCCAGCUAAGACAGGAACGGAUCCAAAUUCAGCAGCCUGGGCUGCUUACUAUGCUCACUAUUACCAACAACAAGCACAGCCACCACCUGCGGCUCCUGCCGGUGCACCAACGACAACCCAAACCAAUGGACAAGGUAACUACGGAGAUCAGCAGAAUCCAGCUCCAGCCGGACAGGUUGAUUAUACUAAGGCUUGGGAAGAGUACUACAAGAAAAUGGGUCAACAAGGGCAGACACAAGAUUAUUCAAAGGCUUGGGAGGAAUAUUACAAGAAGCAAGGUCAGGCAGUUCCUGCUCCUACUGGUGCUCCACCAGGUGGUCAGCCCGAUUAUAGUGCAGCCUGGGCUGAGUACUAUAGACAGCAAGCAGCCUACUAUGCCCAGACAAGUCCCCAGGGAAUGCCGCAGCAUCCUCCAGCUCCUCAGGUUUGAUCCAGCCAGUAUAGAACUAGCUCUGUAGGGGUGAGGAGGACUGUGCUGUGUAUCAUCCUUGAUUGUGUUCCUUCAAGGAGCAUUGCACUGUAAGUACAUCAGAAUGACAAAUUGAUGAACUGCAACAGUAUCUUUUUGUCAAUGUUCCACAUAAUGUAAAUGCCAUACUUUGUGUGAAUAUUAUGUUGGAAUACAGUGCUGAUAAUUCUGGAAAACCAUAACUGCUUCUUAAUUUAAUAUAGAAUAAUUCAUAGGUCUGUAUUUUUUUUAAAGUGAGCUUAAUGGGUAAGUAUUUUUGAUAUGCUUUAGCUAUAGCUAAAGAAAAUUGAUCAUUGACAAAGUUGAUUAGUAUUUACUCAUUGGUGCUCCUAAAAUAUAUUGUUUUUCAGUGUAAAAUAUGCAUAUCUUAUAUUAAUAUGAAAGACUUGAAAUGUAUCAGACAGCAGUUUUCAGUUUGCAAAUAUUAAGCAAUGUAGCAGUUUUAACACCAUUUCCUAAAUAUAUAUGCUAGCUCUUGCAUUGGUGGAGAGCACCAUUUGUUGUUCUUAAUAUUUUAUAAAGAAAGAUGUACAAGGACAUAAAUGUUGAGAUUACUUUAGGGUUCAUUAUAGAUAUUUUGAAAUGUUUUUUUGACUGUUUAUAGUAUCCAAAGUGACUUCCCUUACCCUUACGUAGAUACGGAUAUGUAGUUCUAGUUUGAAGUUUAAUAGUUAAGGAGCUAGUUAUCUGUUAUCUUUAAGAGUAGGGUAUUGACGUGAACAAUUUCAGUAUUUUGCAUGAAUACUGUUUUAUAGAUGACCUUUUAGGAAAGUGGUGCAUUUAUUAAUUAAAGAGAUAGUUUAGUUGGAUUCAGUAUCAUAACUCACAAAUUGGAGGCUGUUGAUUUUGAUUCAUUUAAGGUUUAAAAUCUUUAUUAAUUGCAAACAGUGCAAUUAUUUAUACUUCACAGUGCCUUCCCAGACCUUCCACCUUAGGUUCUGCUGCAAAAAGCAACAGGUAAGCACAACCUAAGGACAUAUAUAAAUAAAUAUUUCAGUACAUUAAUGUUGUCCCUGUGAGGUUUUUGUGGUUGUGUAUUCAAAGGCAGUCUGCUACUGCUUCCCCAAAAUGUAUUUUGUUCUCUAUGCUACCAUUUCAGUGGAAAGUCUGUAAGUUGUUCAAACAACUGUUUACAUUUCUGGGUAAUGUUUUUUAUUUUCUUCUUUUUUUUUUUUAUUAAAACAAAGAGAUGAUGAGUAGAUUGCUGCUGUAAUUGAACUACAUCCAAACUUUUUAUAAUCUUUUCCCAAAUACAGAAGAAUUGUUAAAAAUUAAAGGACAAUUACAUAGUUUUCAAGACUUAGGAAAUCAUUUGGUCAGAAACGUCAACAGCCUUCACAGUCUGUCUUUGAUUGACGAGACAUUUACUGUGCCCUCCACUACUGUGGAGUCUUUAUUUUUUUUCUUAUUCUUGAACUGUAGUAGUUCAGUAAGGACAUUAUGGGUUAGAAUCUUGUUAUGACUUUUUUUUUUUAAAAACAAUUCAGUUCUCAUGACUUUAAUAUAUAUACUGAAAAAGGAAAAAAUUAUAAGGAAUACUGGCAGUAUGUUUUGAUAAGGCAUGUGCAUCAGUGAAAUGUUAACUGUAUAGCAAAUAACCUUUCAUAAUCUGUAUAGCAACCAAUAUUUUUCUGAUUUAUAAUACUUUAAUAACUGACGCUGCAUUUAUUUUAUUUUUUUGCCAGUUUAAAAUGUUUGUGUGUUCUUAAUAGAUGAUUUUAACUGGUACAUAUUUUGAGUUAAGAUGAAUGUAUUAAAGCAGCAUCAUACCAGUUUUGUUUUUACUCGAUUUCUAAAAUGUGCUGAUCCUUUUAAAACUCCUGCUUAUCUCUACAACAAAGAAAAAUAUUCAAAAAUACUGCCUUCAUUUUCACACACAGUGCUGAAGAUGCUGCAAGCACCAAAUCAUAGCUCAUAAAAUCAGGUCCUGAGAUAGUUGCCCAUAAAGAGGAAUCCUUUGAGUGUAUGCCAUUGGUGAGCCGAUGAGCAUGGACCAUAGAAGGGCUCAAUGUAGAAGGUAAAAUUGGCAAAUCAUAAUUGAGAAAAAUGAAAUGUUUUCCCAUACAUAAUAUGGUGUAGGGUGUAAUGUACCUGCUUUUGAUCACUUUUCAUUUUAAAGUGCUAUUCACUUGCUCUUAAAUGUUCCAUGAACUGUUAAAUUUUGUAAGUUAAUGUAGUUACUGCACCACAUUUAUGUGUGUGUGUAUGUGUGUUUUAAUAGUCAAUGAUAGGUAUGUUAAGAUUGAUAAUAUAAAGGAGCUCUUUGAACCUUAAGAGCCUGUCAAGUUUUGGUUAGUUGUAGUUUUUGCAUUUUUAUAAAGAGAAAAAUACAUAUGAAUGCUAGUAAAUAUUGGGGCAAUGUUUCUAUCAUGAGAAUUUUUUUUUAUUCAUUACCAUAAGCCUUCACUGAUACUGCAAGCAUUUUUUAAAUGGCGCUAAUCUUAACCUUGAAAUAAAUGGAAAGCAGAAAAGGUGAGCCAGUUGAUUUGAAUGCAGUGGAUGUUAGGAGUGAUAGAAACAAUGUUUAGAUUGAAAUUGAACUGAUUUAUUUUAUUUAGCACUUAAAUUUGACAAUGUGUUUUUGUUUUUAAGAUAUCUUACUUAGUGUGGUGAUACUUAGAAUUCUUAUGGUUUGAUGUUUUAGAAUGAGAAGUAUACUUUUUAUUUUUAAUUAAUGAAAAUGAUUUUAAUACUAAAACUAGUGAUUUAAUACUAGUUGUUUUUAAACAUUAUAAAAUAUAUCCUUAGACAAAUACUUUAGUACUUAAUUCAUAGGAGAGGGGUUGGGUAGGAGUAAAAGAGUACCUUAAGAGGGAAAUAGGAAUUUAUUCAGAAGCUGUAACAUUUGUUUGAAUACUCUGCCAGGAGAACCACUUCUACCUGCAGAGUUACCUUUUGUCUAGCAUAAGGUUGUAGAAAUUACUAAUUAAUGAAGAUGUCUUUUUAUUUUCUGAAAAUGCUGCCUCACUUUAAAAUGUAUUUUAACAAUACUUAAAGAUAAUUUUGACUCUGAAAAAUAACCUUAUUUUUUGUUUAGUCACUUGAGUUUUCUUGCCACAGUAUAAACUUGAGGGAUUUUAUAUAAAUUGGUGCUUUUAAGAAAGCAAAUAAAUCCCAGGUUUUUAUUUUCUUCAGUGAUACCCCUAUAGAAACUCUUAAAUGUAUUUGCGCAUAUAUAUAUUUUUUCUUAUGCAUGCUCAAUGCAUUUUCGUCCUGAGAAAAGUGUUCUCUACAGAAACUACCCGUGUAAAAAGAAGAUUGGCUUAAAAUGGCUACUGUGAUGGGAACAGUGUCUUAGGGAGAUGCAGCUUGGACUUGAGGUAAAUUGAAUACUUUACAAACUGUGGUUUAGAGUUUGCUUUAAUACCAUUGUAUGUAAAAGGGUACAAGCUUGCUGUAAUUUUGUAUUGAUUAUGGUUUCCUCAAUAAAAAAAAAAGAAUAAAUGUACAUUGGUGACUAUUAUAA